AUGACCGAGUCAGACUACUUCUCGUCGGACGACGAGGCGGCGCGCUCGUCCAUCAGUGCGCCUGCGGACCACCGGGUGAUGGCUCCGCUGCCUCAGGGCGAGGGGCGCGCGCCCCGUGCGACCCGCUCCUUUGCCGCCCUGCACAAUGCCUAUGUGGAUACGGGCGCCGGCCCCGAGGAGGCGAUGCCCGCGGCCAGCGCGGGCGCGUCCAAGCCCAAGUCCAAGCUCUCGCCUACGGCGCCUCCCCAUACGCCUGCGUCUGUACUGCAGUCGCAGGCGGCGCCGCCGCCGCCGAAGCGCACGCGCGCCGGCCCCUCGAUGGUGCCGGUGGCGCCGAAGGUACCGAAGACGCACGCCGAGAAGGCGAACGCGCCGCGCCUCAUCGUGGUGCUCGAGCAGGCGUGUCUCGAGACAUACAAGGUGUCGAGUGGGAGCGCUACGCACGCGCGUGGCAACAAGGAGGCAGGCGACAAGUACGCCCUGCUGAACUGCGACGACCAUCAGAAGGUGCUCGCCAAAAUGGGCCGCGACAUUGCCGAGGCGCGCCCUGACAUCACGCACCAGUGCCUGCUCACGCUGCUCGACUCGCCGCUGAACAAGGCGGGCCUGCUCCAGGUGUACAUCCACACCUCCAAGGGCGUGCUGAUCGAAGUGAACCCCCAGGUGCGCAUUCCCCGGACGUUCAAGCGCUUCAGCGGGCUUAUGGUGCAGCUGCUGCACCGCCUGAGCAUUCGCUCAAUCAAGGGCUCGGAGAAGCUCUUGCGCGUCAUCAAGAACCCGGUCACCGACUACUUCCCGCCGAACACGCACAAGAUCACCCUGUCCUACAACGCGCCUGUGCAGCGCCUCACGUCGUACCUCGCCACCAUCCCGUCCGACCGCAGCAUUGCUGUGUUUGUCGGCGCCAUGGCCCACGGCGAGGACGAUUUUGCAGACGGCGUCGUGGACGAAAAAAUUUCCAUCAGCGAAUACAGCCUCAGCGCCAGCGUCGCCUGCGGCAAGUUUUGCUGCAGCCUCGAGGACCUGUGGGGCAUUGUAUAA